AUGAUGAUAAAGUAUUUAUUAUUAUUUAUUUUGAUUCUUCAUCCUAUAACAGGAAUAUCAACACGAAUUCCACAUGUUUUGAAUCUUAGUGUUGGACAGGUUGCUGAUAUUAAUAUUGAGGGUCAUAAACUUCAUUUAGAUUUAACAAAUCCAAAAAAUAAACAUAUCACUAGAUUUAUUGGAUUAUAUGAAAAUAAUUUAAUUAUCCUUCCACAAACAGAAGAUAUUGGUAUACAUUAUAUAACAUUAACUAAUAUCAAUACUGGUAUUAAUCAUAAUCUUAAAAUAAAUGUAGAAAAAGAAAAAAAUAAUUGUGGAGAUAAUGAAUUGGAGCAAUUAUGGCUUGAUAUUCUUCCAGAUAUCAAUAAAAAAGAUAAUUUAAAAAGACGUAGUGAAGCGAUUAAGACAUUAAAUUCUAUUGGUAAAGGACAAGUUUCGAGUAUUAGAUUAUUUAAAAAUAUGGAAGAAUUAAAUGCAGUCAGAACAAUGAUUUCAGAUACUGGAGAUACUGAUUUUCCGGUUGAUGAACCAAUUAUUACAAUGAAACUUGCCUGUUCUGAUAGAGAUGUUGCAGAGGUAAUGGAUGUAAUGGCUGAAAUUGAAGAUAUCUAUUCGAAGGCUGCACUUAUGAGAGGUUUUAUGCAUUUUGAUGAAAAUAAUGAUAUUGAAACAACAACUCUUUCAUUAAGAACAACUCGUAAAAUUGAUAAUCCACCUGUUAAAGUUCAAUCAUUAACAUCAUAUGAAUGUAAAAGAGGAAUUAUUUGUGAAAUUCAUCUUCCAAAAGAUUUAUUUAUUGAUGAAGAAGAUGGUGAUACAACUAAAUUAUCUUUAUCUGUUGAUUUGUCUGAUUUUAAAAAAACUAAUAAUAAUGAUGAAAUAGAUAGAAAUCCAGAUAAUUUUAUGACUGUUCAUAAUGAAUCACUUCUUAUUAUUGGAGUACCAAUUAUUGAAGGUUUAUAUAAUUUUAGAAUAAUAGCUAAAGAUAAACUUGGACAGUCAGCAGCAGUAGCUUUUUCAAUUAAUGUUCACAAUCCAGGAAGUUAUACUCAUGAAUAUGUAUUAACAUUAGACAAAAGUGUUGACAGAUUACUUGAGACUCCUGAUGUUCUUAUUGGUUUUGUCAAAAAAAUUUCACAAGCUAUAGGAGAUAAAAAGUAUAACCAUAUUAUGAUUAAUAAUAUAACUCCUAAGGGGGCUCAAAGUAUUGUUUCAUGGUCUAAUACAACAUUAAAUAAUGUUAUAUGCCAUCAUAAGAAAAUAGAAAAUAUAUUACAUACAAUGGUUACUCCAACUGGUAAAAGACCACUUACUAAAUUUAUUAAAGCUGUUGGUUCAUCUUAUCAUGUUCGUGAUGUUUCACUUAAUCUUCUUAACACAUGUGCUCGUAAAUCUCCAAACAAUAUUAAUAAUAAUGGUAACAAUUCUGAUGUAACUGUUACAAAAGAAGAUGAAAAAGCAUUUAUUACAUCAGGAUUUUUUGUACCAUUUUUAAUAGCAAUAGUUACUCUUUUUAUAUUUACCGCAUGUCUUAUGAUUGUAUAUGUAAUGGUCAAAAUAAAAUCAAAAAAUGAAAAAAAGUCAACUGAUUUUAUUUCUAAAGGUCUUCCAGUUGUUUUCCCUGAAGAAGUUUCAAAUGAUGAUACAGAUGUUAGUGUCAAUACACCGAUGCUAAUUAAAGAAGAAAGAGCUCCAUUAAAUGUGACACUUCACGAUAAUCCACUUUAUAGAGCACCUUUAGGUACAACAAUAGGUGAUGGUCAAAGAGAAUGUUCAACAAUUACUGGAACAAGUAGCGCAUCAAAAAGUGGACAACAAAGUAAUUUAACAGGAUUAGGUAGUCAAAGACAACCACCACCAUAUAUUGCACCUUAA